AUGGAGGCUGGAAAAGUGUGUUUUCCUAAGAAAUAUCACAGACAGCCUCAGCAACAGCACCUGGAGGAAAAACAAAGGACGAAGCCACUUGCCAUCUCUCUACACUGCCUUCUGUUCUGUCUGCUUCUACCGUCUUCCUCAUCCUGCCUCAAUCCUGCCCCCACGCCCACUGAUGCCAGUGGAGAAGUCAUUGAGUGGUUAAUACAUUAUGGAUACCUUCCACCUGCUGAUCCUACUACAGGCCAACUACGGACGUGGGAAGAUGUGACAACAGCCCUUCGUAUGAUGCAGCGUUUUGCUGGCAUUGCAGAAACUGGGAUUCUAGAUGAUGCCACGCUGAGUCUGAUCCGGAUGCCUCGCUGUGCCUUGCCUGAUAUUAUCCCCCACAUCCGCCCAAAUCUUUCUUUGACGUCAAGGGCAAGGAAGAAGAGAUGGCAGAGGAAAAAAAAUCGGAAGAGGCGCAGCGUUGAUUCAGUUUGGACUAAAAGAAACAUCUCCUGGAAGGUGAAGAGCUACCCCCAAAGAGCCCGUCUCAGCCGAGAGACGAUGAGAGUAUUGAUCUAUUAUGCCCUAAAGGUUUGGAGUGAAGCUAUACCAUUAACCUUCCAUGAGGUUGGCGGCCACAAUGCUGACAUCUCUGUGGAGUUCCUCCAUUUAGAUCACCAUGACAACUAUCCGUUUGAUGGACCUGGUGGGAUGGUGGCCCAUGCUUUCUUUCCCGGAGACCCCCUGAGGGCUGGCACUGUCCAUUUUGAUGGGGACGAAGAAUGGACUUUCCGCUCACCAGAUGACCUUGGCACCGACCUUUUUGCUGUGGCCAUUCAUGAAUUUGGCCACAGCCUUGGCUUAGCACAUUCAUCUUCCAAGAACUCUAUCAUGCGCCCAUAUUACCGGGGACCUGUAGGAGACCCAUUGCAAUACCAGUUGCACAUGGAGGAUCAUGCUGAAAUCCAGAAGCUUUACGGGAGUAAAGUUUUUCAAUCCCCAGAGAAGCACGAUGUAACCACCCCAUUGCCAGGCCUUCUCUCCUUAUCACAGAAUUUCCCUGCAGUCAG